GAAUCAAUUUCUUCUUCUCAAUUCCCCUGUCUAUCAUCAAUCAGAUCAUCAUCAUCAUCAUCAUCAUUCAACGAUGGGUCGGGUUUCUUCUGCUGCGAAAUGGUUAGGAUUCGUGACGGCUAUCUGGGUUCAAGCCAUCUGCGGGAACAAUUACACGUUCUCGAAUUACUCGGAUUCUCUGAAAUCUCUGAUGAAUCUGUCUCAGCUUCAGCUGAACAAUCUCUCUGUCGCGAAAGAUGUCGGAAAAGCCUUCGGUUUGAUCUCUGGUUUUGCUUCUGACUAUCUCCCUCCUUCUGUUAUUCUCAUCAUCGGAGCUCUCGAAGGGCUUGUCGGAUAUGGAGCUCAAUGGCUUGUCGUGAGCAAGAAGAUCAGCCCUCUUCCUUAUUGGCAGAUGUGUGUAUUUCUGUGUCUGGGAGGGAACAGCACGACGUGGAUGAACACCGCGGUUUUGGUUACUUGCAUGAGAAGUUUCCCCGGAAAACGAGGACCCGUCUCGGGAAUCCUCAAGGGCUAUCUCGGGCUGAGCACUGCCAUCUUCACAGAUGUCUCCACGGCUCUGUUCUCAUCGGAUCCUUCAGCUUUUGUGGCGAUACUCGCAGUGGUUCCUGCUGUGAUUUGCUUCAUCGCCUCCUUCUUCCUCCAUGAAACUUCUCCUGCUUCCGACCCUGAAGAGGAGAAGAAAGAGACCAAGUUCUUCAACGUGUUCAACGUUAUCGCCAUUGCUCUCGCUGUCUAUCUCUUGGCUUUCGACAUAUCUGGAAGACAUGGGCGUGUUCUGUCUCUCGUCUUCGCUGCUGGGCUGUUUACACUCCUUGCUUCUCCAGUACUGGUUCCUCUCUACGCAAUCUUGUUCAAACCGAGAUCGAGACCGGAUAUCGAGCGUUCAAUCAAGGAGCCUUUGUUGACCAAUCAAACAGUUCAGACGAAAAUCCAGGACCAGAAGACAGAUCUGAAGCCCGAGAUUGGGGAAGAACACACUGUACCUGAAAUGAUGCGAACUCUUGAUUUCUGGGUUCUGUUCAUUUCAUUCCUUUUCGGCGUCGGGCCUGGAAUGUGUGUGAUGAACAACAUGGCGCAGAUGUCACUAGCUCAAGGCUUUACCGACGCAUCUGUUUUCAUAUCCCUCAUAAGUAUCUGGGGAUUCUUCGGACGGAUCGCUUCCGGUUUGAUGUCUGAACAUUACAUGAGGAGACGUGGAACGCCGAGACCGGUUUGGAACGCUGUUUCUCAGGUCCUGAUGACAAUAGGGUAUGCAGUAAUGGCUUUCGCCAUACCGGGAUCUCUCUACAUCGGUUCAAUCCUCGUCGGAAUCUGCUACGGCUUCCGGUUAACCAUAACCGUACCGGUCGCGUCCGAGCUGUUCGGGUUAAAGUACUAUGGAAUGUUAUACAACAUUCUGAUUCUGAACCUCCCUCUCGGUUCGUUCUUGUUCUCCGGUUUGCUCGCCGGUUAUCUGUACGAUGCCGAAGCCAGGAAAGCCGGCAGUGGAGGCAACACGUGCGUCGGAGCUCAUUGUUACCGUCUUGUCUUUCUCAUUAUGGCCGUAGCUUGCGUUGUGGGGUUUGGUCUGGAUAUGUUCCUGGUGACAAGAACCAAGAAUCUGUACCUCAAGUCUCGGAUCGAUACCCAGAAAUCUGAAUCCGCAACAGAAUCUUAGAUUCUUCUUUAAUUUCUGCUUCGAUUGUUCUUAAAUCUGUAGGAGA